GUCAGUUAUAAAAAAAAGCUAAGCAAAUUUGGAGAAAAACAAAUUGAUGCAAAAGAUGGGAUAGUGCGUGUACGAUCUCGAUCACGAUAAUAACGAUCAUUGGAAUUUACGAAAAGAAUCAAAAGUGAAAACGAAGAAGAAGAAGAGUAGAAUAAAGAGGAGUACAGGAGAGGAGAAGGGAGGAGAAGAGAGGAAAGGAAAGGAAAGGAGAAGAGAAUAGUGCUCGAUCGGUGCAACGAAGUAAAAAAGAGAGAGGCGAAAACGAACGAUCGUGACGACCAUGGUAGCUGCAAUGUGACCGGUGUACCACGUGACCGAUAGGACCAAUCGGUUGUAAGAAAGCGAUAGGUCACAAAUAGGAAAAGUAAGUGGCUUGGAGAAGAGAUUACGUUAGCAUAAAAUAAUUGCGUAAUGGCGCCGGACGAUUAGCAACGAGAUUUUCGUUUCACCAUUUUCUUUUUAUUUCUGGAUAAAAAAACGAUGAAUUAAGUCUCAGCAAAUAUACGUUUGAUAUCCGUUGAAAAAAAGACGGAGAGAGAAAGAGAGGGAGAGAGGAAGGGAUGUAGAGAGAACGAAUCGAAAGAGUCUUCUUGAAAGUACUUCGGAAAAAUCAGGACGACGCGAGGAUUCAUCGAUUUUCUACAAAAUGGAUGCGAUUUGAGGCCAAGAGUAGAGAGAUCGAGGGAAAGAAAGAAAGAAAAGAAAGAAACGGAAGAAAGAAAAAAUUUAGUAGUGGAAAGGAAAGGAAAGGAAAGGGACGAAGUUGAAUGAAGAAUCGUGGAAAUCGAGUACAAUACACCAUCGUUACGUCGUAAGAGAGAAAUAGAGAGAGAUAGAGGAGAUAAAGAUAAAGAUAAAUAGAUCCGGUCGAUCGAUCGAGCUAUAAGCUCUGUUAGAAUGAGUAGAUUUCAAGAGUAAAGAGUGGAGAACGGCGAUUUCUAACGAGUGGUGGCGGUUGGAGUGGUGGUGAUUUGUAAAAAAAAAAGUUUAAAACGAAUAAGACGAUAAAAAGUAAAAUGACGGGUAGUAGGAAAAGCGAAUUUGGCGAUGAAGUGGCCGUGCAAGGAGAUGGUAGGAAACAUACGGUUCAUUGGUUUCGAAGAGGACUCAGAUUGCAUGACAAUCCAUCUCUAAGAGAAGGACUAGCUGGUGCUUCCACUUUCCGGUGUGUCUUUAUUUUGGACCCCUGGUUUGCCGGAAGCACUAACGUUGGUAUUAAUAAAUGGAGGUUUCUCUUGCAAUGUCUCGAGGAUCUCGACUGUUCCCUAAGGAAAUUGAAUUCCCGUUUGUUCGUGAUACGAGGGCAACCAGCGGAUACCUUACCAAAGCUCUUUAAAGAAUGGGGCACGACGAAUUUAACGUUCGAAGAGGAUCCAGAGCCAUUUGGACGCGUACGAGACCACAAAAUUUCGACGCUUUGUAAGGAGCUUGGUAUCUCGGUGGUCCAGAGGGUCUCGCACACUCUCUACAAGUUGGACGAGAUUAUAGAAAUAAAUGGAGGCAAACCACCCCUGACUUAUCAUCAGUUUCAAAAUGUCGUUGCGAGUAUGGAUCCUCCAGAAAAGCCUGUGUCUACAGUAACGUCAGUUUGCAUUGGUGAUGCCUAUACUCCAUUGAAGGACGAUCAUGAUGAUCAUUUUGGUGUACCAACGUUGGAGGAACUUGGCUUCGACACAGAAGGGCUUCUGCCGCCUAUAUGGGUCGGUGGUGAGAGCGAGGCCUUGGCACGAUUGGAACGUCAUCUCGAGAGGAAAGCUUGGGUGGCGAGUUUCGGCAGGCCGAAGAUGACGCCGCAAUCACUACUGCCGAGUCAGACAGGCCUAUCACCUUACUUACGCUUUGGCUGUCUCAGCACAAGACUUUUCUACUAUCAACUUACCGAUUUGUACAAAAAGAUUAAGAAAGCAGUACCACCACUUUCGUUACACGGUCAACUUCUAUGGCGCGAAUUCUUUUAUUGUGCCGCCACGAAGAACCCUAAUUUUGAUCGGAUGCAAGGCAAUCCGAUUUGUGUACAGAUACCGUGGGAUAGAAAUGUCGAAGCGUUGGCAAAGUGGGCGAACGGCCAAACGGGUUUUCCAUGGAUCGAUGCGAUUAUGACUCAACUCAGAGAAGAAGGUUGGAUACAUCACUUGGCGAGACACGCAGUUGCUUGUUUUUUGACUAGAGGUGACCUUUGGAUAUCCUGGGAAGAGGGAAUGAAGGUCUUCGAUGAACUUCUAUUAGAUGCCGACUGGUCGGUGAAUGCCGGUAUGUGGAUGUGGUUGUCGUGCAGCUCCUUUUUCCAGCAGUUUUUUCAUUGCUACUGCCCUAUACGAUUCGGUAGAAAAGCCGAUCCAAACGGCGAUUACAUUCGACGUUACCUGCCAGUAUUGAAAAAUUUUCCCACAAGAUAUAUUCAUGAACCGUGGAACGCGCCAAUUAGUAUACAACGAGCAGCAAAGUGCAUAAUCGGCAAGGAAUAUUCGUUACCAAUGGUGAAUCAUAGUAAGAGUUCGCGGAUCAACUUUGAGCGAAUGAAGCAGGUUUAUCAACAGCUUAACAAGUAUCGUGGAAACGGAUCAUCCCUCAAAGGUGAAUCAGUCGGUUUGCUAAACGCACUUUUGCCGUCCAAUCCAAAUGUAAAAGAAGACGAAGAAAAAAAUAAUCGUCCAUUGGCGAAUUUCAAAGUUGAAGACCGAAAAAUGGACGCUAAUGUUGGUAAUACCGCACAACAAUAACGAGCACAGUACCGAUCGAAAUGACGUUUUUGAAGAAGACGUUUAUUCUUUUUUUUUUAUUUUAACUAUCAUCGACGAAUGUGAAAAAUGCAUCAUUUUUCAUAUUUUGCAACGUUAACAUUGUUUUUCCUCUCUUUUUCUUUCCUUUUUUCAUUUCUUUUCUUCCACUUCAUAGACAUCUUUGUCAUUAAGAUCGUUUUUUAAGAAAACAUUUUUCAUCAAUCACGUCGCUAAUUUAAUUACUAUUACGAGGUUCGUCGUUUAUGAAACGUUCGUAUUGAUUUUAUACAUCUUGAGAGAUAAGUCACGAGAUAAGGUACAAAAUAGAAUAAAACUACCAUAUUAAGAGAAAUAA